CUGUUGCCCGCUAAGGUGGCCUUCUCCGUGUCAGUUGUGAUUGAGGAGACCGACGAACCGAAGGUGGUGCUCUGUGCGUUCCAGCCCAGUGGAAAACGGAUCCUCCAUAUCCGGAGACAACAAUAAGUGCGUGUCUCUGGUGCCCGAAAAAACACCAAAUCGAUCCGACUGCGCGAGGCAGUUAAUUUCUCGCCCAUUCAUUCUGCGGGAACACCCGGGAAACGGUGCUAGGUGAAAACCGACAUCACAGCAACCCGUCACCAUGGGAAUCAAAUUCCUCGAAAUUAUUAAACCGUUCUGCGGCAUUCUGCCGGAGAUCGCCAAACCGGAGCGUAAGAUCCAGUUCCGCGAGAAGGUGCUAUGGACGGCGAUCACGCUGUUUAUCUUCCUCGUGUGCUGCCAGAUCCCGCUGUUCGGCAUUAUGAGCUCCGAUUCGGCCGAUCCGUUCUACUGGAUCCGUGUCAUUCUGGCCUCGAACCGUGGUACACUGAUGGAGCUGGGUAUUUCACCGAUCGUCACGUCCGGGCUCAUCAUGCAGCUGCUGGCCGGUGCAAAGAUCAUCGAAGUUGGUGAUACGCCCAAGGAUCGGGCUCUGUUCAACGGUGCCCAGAAGCUGUUCGGCAUGGUCAUCACGAUCGGGCAGGCCAUCGUGUACGUCAUGACGGGAAUGUACGGUGAUCCGGCCGAAAUCGGUGCCGGCGUGUGUCUGCUCAUCAUCAUCCAGCUGUUCGUGGCCGGCCUCAUCGUGCUGCUGCUCGACGAGCUGCUCCAGAAGGGCUACGGUCUCGGAUCGGGUAUUUCGCUGUUCAUUGCGACCAACAUCUGCGAAACGAUCGUCUGGAAGGCCUUCUCGCCGGCCACCGUCAACACGGGCCGUGGUACCGAGUUCGAGGGUGCCGUCAUUGCUCUGUUCCAUCUGCUGGCCACCCGGCAGGACAAGGUGCGCGCCCUGCGCGAAGCGUUCUACCGCCAGAAUCUGCCCAACCUGAUGAACCUGCUCGCGACGGUGCUGGUGUUUGCGGUGGUCAUAUACUUCCAGGGCUUCCGCGUCGACCUGCCGAUCAAAUCGGCCCGCUACCGCGGCCAGUACAGCAGCUAUCCGAUCAAGCUGUUCUACACUUCGAACAUCCCGAUCAUUCUCCAGUCAGCGCUCGUCUCCAAUUUGUACGUCAUCUCACAGAUGCUGGCGGUCAAGUUCCAUGGCAACUUCCUCAUUAACCUGCUCGGCGUGUGGGCGGACGUAGGCGGUGGUGGUCCGGCACGCUCGUACCCGAUCGGUGGCCUUUGCUAUUACCUGUCACCGCCCGAGUCACUCGGGCACAUCGUUGCCGAUCCGAUCCACGCCGUCCUGUACAUCGUGUUCAUGCUCGGUUCGUGUGCGUUCUUCUCGAAAACGUGGAUCGACGUGUCGGGCAGCUCGGCCAAGGACGUGGCCAAGCAGCUGAAGGAACAGCAGAUGGUGAUGCGAGGCCAUCGGGAAAACUCGAUGAUUCACGAACUCAACCGGUACAUCCCGACGGCGGCAGCUUUCGGUGGUCUCUGCAUCGGAGCACUGUCCGUUUUAGCUGACUUCAUGGGUGCGAUCGGUUCCGGCACCGGUAUUCUGCUGGCCGUCACCAUCAUCUACCAGUACUUUGAAAUCUUCGUCAAGGAGCAGUCCGAGAUGGGCGGCAUGGGCACGUUACUCUUCUAAGAAGACUCGGAGCUAAACGGGGCCGGCAUCCUUAUCGAAUCCUUACCAUUUCCCCUUCCUUCAUCUCGUACCUUCUUCCUCCUUUCAUCUUUCCCAAGUGGUGUUGUGUUGUUAUCCGUUGAAUCCCUAGUUCUUUGU